UUUAAUUUCUAAUGGAAACCCUCCAAAAAUCAAACAAAUCCUCACAGCCACUGCGUGAAGAGAUUCCCUUUUCUGCGACCAUGGCAUCAUCUUCUUCUUCUUCAUCCUCCUCCUCUGCCGCUUCAAUUCCAUCUCCGCCGAUUAAAAUCAACGGCCACUAUCAAGCCGCCGGAGAAACGGUUGCUGCUAGAAAUGAGAACCGAAUGUGGAGGGAUUCAAGCUACGAUUUCUCGAACGACGCCGUGAUGAGAACCGCCUCCACCUCCAAGGAGUUCGAUUUCGUGACGGAGUCGCCGGUGUCGCAGCAGUCUCCGCUCUCCAAAAUCCCCGAGAGCCCCGCCGCCAACGCCUACGGCCAGCUCACGCCGCGAGAUGUCCGCGUCUCCUUCAACGAGACGGUUGAGAACCAGCGCGACGAGGUGCUUCACUGCUCCUCCAACAACUCAUUCCGCCGGAAAUCCAGCCUCAUGAGAACUAAAACCAAGUCGCGGCUGCUAGAUCUGCCGGAGGAUAAUCCGACGAGAUCGCAAAUGCUGAGAGCGUCGGGGAAAUCGCAGCUGCUCGGAAAAGGAGCGACGAGCGAGAUCGACGAGGAAGAUCCGUUCCUGGAGGAGGAUUUACCUGAGCAUUACAAAAAAAUGAAGUUCAACAUUCUCUCUGUUUUGCAAUUGGUGAGUCUGAUCAUCAUCAUCGCGGCUUUGGUAUGUAGCUUAACAAUUGAACUCUUCAAAAGGAAGACAAUCUUUCAAUUAGAUCUGUGGAAGUGGGAAUUGAUGGUUUUGGUACUCAUCUCCGGCAGAUUGGUGUCCGGUUGGGCGAUUCGGAUCGUGGUGUUCUGCAUCGAGCGCAAUUUCCUCCUGCGGAAACGCGUUUUGUAUUUCGUCUACGGAUUGAGAAACGCAGUUCAGAAUUGCGUGUGGUUAGCGCUGGUGUUGAUUGCAUGGCAGUGUAUCUUUGACAAGAAGGUCAAGAGGGUGACAAACAGCAGCAUUUUGCCCUAUGUGACUAAAGUUUGGGUGUGUUUGUUGGUGGGGACAUUAUUCUGGCUGCUCAAAACUCUGCUGGUCAAGGUUCUAGCUUCGUCGUUUCACGUGAGCACGUUCUUCGACCGGAUUCAGGAGUCGUUGUUCAAUCAGUACGUGAUCCAGACACUGUCGGGGCCGCCAUUGAUCGAGCUUGAGCUGGAGCAGGAAGAGGAGGAGAGGGUGAUAAUUGAGGUGCAGAAGCUUCAAAGUGCAGGGGCGACUAUUCCGCCCGAACUCAAGGCCAAUAUGUUUCCGAAGAGUGGGAGACAAACAGGCACUCCGAUGACAGGUGGUGGCGCCAAGAGCCCUGCGUUUUCUAAAGUUCUGGCCAAGGAGGAGGAGGAGCAUAAAGGUAUAACCAUUGAUCACCUCCACAGGUUGAAUCAGAAGAAUAUAUCUGCUUGGAACAUGAAGAGGCUGACCAACAUAGUGAGGAAAGGCGUGCUCUCAACUCUCGAUGAGAAGAUUCAAGGCUCCACCACUGAUGACGAGGCAUCCGUGCAUAUCACAAGCGAAAACCAGGCUAAGAUUGCUGCCAAGAAGAUCUUCUUCAAUGUUGCCAAGCCAGGAUCAAAAUAUAUUUACCUGGAGGAUCUAAUGCGUUUCAUGCGGGAGGAUGAGGUGCUAAAGACUAUUCGUCUCUUCGAAGAUGAGGUGCAAAAGGGAAUCAGCAAACGCGCUCUUAAAAAUUGGGUGGUGAAUGCAUUUAGGGAGCGGAGAGCUCUUGCUUUAUCGCUAAAUGACACAAAAACUGCGGUCGACAAACUGCACCACAUGCUCAACGUUCUAGUGGCGAUUCUCAUUGUUGUCAUCUGGCUUCUCAUACUCAAAGUUGCAACAACUCAGUUCUUCAUCUUCUUGAGCUCCCAACUCCUUUUGGUGGUGUUCAUGUUCGGGAACACAUGCAAGACAACAUUCGAAGCAAUCGUCUUUCUAUUUGUGAUGCACCCAUUUGAUGUGGGCGACCGUGUUGAAGUCGAUGGAAUUCAAAUGAUUGUUGAAGAAAUGAACAUAUUGACAACAGUUUUCCUGAAGUUUGACAACCACAAAAUCUAUUAUCCAAAUAGUGUGUUAUCCACAAAGCCAAUCUACAACUACUACCGCAGUCCGGAUAUGGGAGAUGCAAUCGAUUUUAGCAUCCACAUUUCCACUCCAAGCGAGAAGAUUGCAACGAUGAAGGAAAGGAUAGUAAGGUAUGUUGAUAACCGGAGCGACCACUGGUAUCCUGCACCGCUGAUCGUGAUGAGAGACAUGGAGGACAUGAACAGGUUGAAGUUCUCGGUGUGGCUAUCGCACAAGAUGAACUUUCAAGAUAUGGGUGAGAGAUGGGCAAGGAGAUCACUUCUUGUAGAGGAAAUGGUUAAGAUCUUCAGGGAGCUAGAUAUCGAGUACCGGAUGCUGCCUCUCGAUGUGAACGUACGCAACAUGCCGCCUAUAAGUUCGACUAGAGUACCAUCUAACUGGAAUGCUAUUUCGGCUUGAUUUAUAGUAAUAUACAUGUGGAGAGCAGAGCAGAAGUGGACGCAAGAGAUGAAGCAGAAGCUGAAUUAUAUUUAUAAUUUGGAUACUGGUAUUUCUUGUACAGUUUUCUAUGUCCAUCUUUCUUGAAUGGACUCCAUUUUUACUAAUGAAUAAUCUAUGAAUGAAUUUACUGAGAAUUAUGAUGGGUGACA